UGUGAGAGGAAGAGAUGGAGAGCAGCAUGCCCCUGGGCAGUUUGCUGAGCCGGCAUGAUGAUGAGGCCACGAGAACAUCAACCUCAGAAGGGCUGGAGGAAGGGGAGGUGGAGGGGGAGACGCUGCUGAUUGUUGAGUCGGAGGAUCAGGCCUCCGUGGACCUCUCUCACGACCAGAGCGGCGACUCCCUCAACAGCGAUGAGGGAGAUGUGUCAUGGAUGGAAGAGCAGCUGUCCUAUUUCUGCGACAAGUGCCAGAAAUGGAUACCAGCUAGUCAGCUGAGGGAGCAGCUGAGUUACCUGAAGGGGGACAAUUUUUUUAGGUUCACUUGCUCAGAUUGCUCAGCAGACGGCAAGGAGCAGUACGAACGGCUGAAGCUGACAUGGCAGCAGGUCGUCAUGCUGGCCAUGUAUAACUUGUCCCUGGAAGGAAGUGGACGGCAAGGCUAUUUCAGAUGGAAAGAAGACAUUUGCGCUUUCAUUGAGAAACAUUGGACGUUUUUACUAGGGAAUAGGAAAAAGACUUCGACCUGGUGGAGCACAGUGGCAGGUUGCCUCAGUGUGGGGAGUCCCAUGUACUUCCGGUCAGGAGCUCAGGAGUUUGGAGAGCCAGGAUGGUGGAAACUUGUUCACAACAAACCCCCGACGAUGAAACCUGAAGGAGAGAAGCUAUCUGCCUCUACUCUGAAAGUCAAAGCCUCAAAGCCCACCUUAGAUCCCAUCAUUACUGUGGAGGGCCUUCGGAAACGCGCCAGUCGGAACCCCGUGGAAUCUGCCAUGGAGUUAAAAGAGAAAAGGUCGCGAACUCAAGAAGCCAAAGACAUCAGACGAGCCCAGAAGGAGGCUGCCGGCUUCCUGGACAGGAGUACCUCCUCCACCCCGGUCAAGUUCCUUAGCCGGAGCCGCCGGCCAGACAUGCUCCUGGAGAAAGGGGAGGUGAUCGACUUCUCCUCCCUGAGCUCCUCAGACCGCACCCCGCUCACCAGCCCAUCACCCUCCCCGUCCUUGGACUUCUCCGCCCCAGGCACCCCUGCCUCCCACUCAGCCACGCCCAGCCUGCUCUCUGAGGCUGACCUCAUCCCCGACGUGAUGCCCCCGCAAGCCUUGUUCCACGAUGACGAGGAGAUGGAGGGCGAUGGCGUCAUCGACCCGGGCAUGGAGUACCUCCCGCCUCCUGCGGGCUCUGCCUCCGCGGGGCCCGGGGGCAGGAGGAAGGUCCGCGGGCUGGAGCAGAUAAAGCAGGAGGUGGAGAGCGAGGAGGAGAAGCCCGACAGGAUGGAGCUCGACAGCGAGGACACGGAGUCCAACAUGUCUGUGCCGACGCGGGCUCGGGAGAAGCGCAAGCCCCCGCCCGACAAGGACACGAAGCCCACCGGCCCCAAGUACACGCCCGUGAGCAUCUACGAGGAGAAGCUGCUCCUGCGGCGGCUGGAAGCCUGCCCCACCGCCGUGGCCAUGACGCCCGAAGCCCGGAGGUUGAAGCGCAAGCUGAUCGUCCGGCAGGCCAAAAGGGACCGGGGCCUGCCGCUGUUUGACCUGGACCAGGUCGUGAAUGCUGCUCUCCUGCUCGUGGAUGGCAUUUAUGGAGCCAAAGAAGGAGGCGUUUCCAGGCUCCCAGCUGGGCCAGCCACAUACCGCACCACCUGUCAGGACUUUCGCAUCCUCGACCGCUACCAGACUGCCUUGCCAUCCAGGAAGGGCUUCCGGCACCAGACCACCAAGUUCUUGUACCGCCUGGUGGGGUCGGAAGAUAUGGCUGUGGACCAGAGUAUCAUCAGCCCGUAUACUUCCCGGAUCUUGAAGCCUUAUAUCAGGCGUGAUUAUGAAACAAAGCCACCCAAGCUGCGGCUCCUGUCACAGAUCCGCUCCCACCUGCACAGGAGUGACCGGGACUGGACACCCGAGCCCGACGCGCCUCUUGAUUACUGCUACGUCCGGCCAAAUCACAUCCCAACCAUCAAUUCUAUGUGUCAUGAGUUUUUCUGGCCUGGCAUCGACCUGUCUGAGUGCCUGCAGUAUCCAGACUUCAGCGUGGUUGUCCUUUAUAAGAAAGUCAUCAUUGCCUUUGGCUUCAUGGUUCCUGACGUGAAGUACAACGAAGCCUACAUCUCCUUCCUGUUCGUCCACCCUGAGUGGAGAAGAGCAGGGAUUGCGACGUUCAUGAUCUAUCAUCUGAUCCAGACCUGCAUGGGCAAGGAUGUGACUCUUCACGUCUCAGCAAGCAACCCUGCUAUGCUGCUGUACCAGAAGUUUGGCUUCAAGACGGAGGAGUAUGUUCUAGAUUUCUAUGAUAAAUACUACCCCCUGGAGAGUACAGAAUGUAAACACGCCUUUUUCCUGAGGCUGCGGCGCUGAGCAAGGAGUGCAUGGCCAGAGGGCGGUCUGCAGAGACUGCCCAGUGGUUACUCGUGGUU